GGUAGUCUCUCUGUCCGAGCCGUCGGCCAACCGACGACGCAUACCCGGAUCCCGGCGUCCCGUGUACGCGCGUUGUGUCCGUUACCCUCCCACACACGACAUUCAUACACACACACACACACCUAUACAUAUACCCACACACCCACAUACACACACACAUACACACACUCACAUACACUCAUUCACACACACUCACACAUAGAAAACACACUUACACGCACUCACGAAUACGUACAAACACACACACACACAACGUAAAUAAUACUCAUCUGCAUGACGUACGGUACACGAUAAUAAUAUUAUACACGUUAUAUAUAUAUAUUUUUUUGUGUUAUCGUAAACGUCGGUUUUUCGUUGUUGUUUUUUUUUUCAAAUUUUCAAAAUCUUUUUUUUUGUUUUCGUUUCGCGUUCGUUCGCGAAUCGCAGUGAUAACGACACUAUUGUAAUUUCGGCGAACGAUUCAAUAUUAUAAUAUAGGCGUGCAUGUGCGCGUAACACACGGAGUAUUAUAAUAUACAGUGAAAUACCGUUCGCGAGCAUUAUCUAUAUUUCUCCCUCCUCGACGCCGCCGCGUGUGCCGCCGUCAGCCCUCGCGGCGUCCGCAUCCGACUCUGACGCCGCGCGUACAUUCGCGGACGCCGGUGCAGUUCGUUUACGCGCCCGCUAUGAUAGUCGUGUGUAUCGCAUAAAUUGCACGUGCGGAUUUCGAUCGUUCGCCGCCGCGGUCGGUGGUCUGAAUCUUGUAGAGAGAGAGACGCUCCGGCUACGGACUGACGGCUGUCGUUUUUUUUUUUUCAUUUUAUAUCAUUAUCGUUAUCAUUAGUAUCGUUAUGACCGCCGUCGUAUUAUAAUAUAAUAAUAUCAUCGUACGAUAACGUGCGACGGACAUCGGUCGUCCUCGCAGUAGUCGUGAUCGCCGCCGCCGCCACCGGCACAGCCGCUGCCGCAGCCGUCGUCGUCUCCGGUGCCGGAGCAAAGGAGCCGCCACCGACGUCUCGUCCUACGAGUACUCUACACUCGCCGCUCAGGUCCGUGUGAUGGGUGCGCCGGAAGACCGAGGCCGCCAUGUUUGUCAGACGGCGGACGUUGUGCGCUGCACCACUCAGCGCGGUGCGGUACAGCGCCUGGUGCGGUAUGCGACGUGUGUGGCUCUGCAAGCGCGGUCGGCGACCGGCAGCGGCUGUGGCUGCUGCGACAGCUGAGGUGGCGGCGGCGUCGUUGAUAAGGCGCCGGUGGCGGCCAGCACCAUGGUGGUGUCGUCCGCAGGAUGAAGAAGCAAAACGUCCGCACAUUAUCGUUGAUCGUUUGUACGUUCACCUAUCUGCUCAUCGGCGCCGCCGUGUUCGACGCCCUGGAGUCCGAGACGGAGAUACGCCGGAAACAAGCGCUGGACUCCAUAGAAGGGAUAAUUCUCAAAAAGUACAACAUAUCCACGGACGAUUAUCGGCUGAUCGAGACAAUUGUACUGAAGUCAGAACCGCACAAGGCCGGACAACAGUGGAAGUUUGCAGGAGCAUUUUACUUCGCUACUACGGUACUCACGACUAUUGGUUACGGGCACUCGACACCAAACACAAAAUCCGGCAAGUUGUUCACGAUGUUCUACGCGAUGGUGGGCAUACCACUGGGUCUAGUCAUGUUCCAGAGUAUAGGCGAGCAGCUGAACAAAUUCUCGUCCGUGGUGAUCAGACAGGCGAAGCGGGCACUUGGCUGCAAGCGUACGGAAGCCACCGAGAUCAAUCUCAUAUUCGUCGUAUCCUUUUUGUCGAGCUUGACGAUCGCGGGCGGUGCAACGGCGUUUUCCACCUACGAGGGCUGGACGUACUUUGACUCGGUCUACUACUGCUUCGUCACGCUCACCACUAUCGGGUUCGGCGACAUGGUGGCCUUGCAGAAGAACAACACGUUGAACGACAAGCUCGAGUACGUUGCGUUCACGUUGAUAUUCAUUCUGUUCGGCCUGGCAGUAGUGGCAGCGUCGCUCGACCUAUUGGUGCUCAGGUUUGUCACUAUGAACACCGAGGACGAGAGAAGAGAUGAGGCUGAGGCGUUACAAGCCGCCCAAGGAGCCGUCCGGCUGGAAGGGGACGUGAUCACCUCGCACGGGUCCGUGUCCAGCCUGCCGACGGGCACCGCAAUGGCGAUGGGCUUGUCGGGCCGGGGCAGGGGCUCGUCUUCGCCCGCCGAUAACGCGUCGGUGUGCACUUGCACGUGCACGCGGUCGAGGAGCCGAAACGACGGAUACCGUUCGGGCGAUUCGCCGCCCUACGCGUCGGGCUCCAUCUACGGCGGCGUCGUCACCGGACGAGGCAUCGGCAGCGGCGGUGACCGUGGCGACGGCGACGACGGAUGUAGCGGCGACGACGACGACGACGAGGACGACGACGGGUGCGAGCCGCAGGACAUACAGCUGGACACGUUCUACGACGGUCGUGUGGGCACUUCGACGUCGAACGAUCCGUACAGCUGCAGACAGCGCGUCGUUCAAACGCAACAGCAGCACCAGCAGCAACAGCAACUGCAGAACGAACACAGAUCGUCCAUUUGACGUAUGUUCCCCAGUGGCGGCGGCGGCGGCGGUGGAGGCGGCAGUGGCGGCAGUGGCGGCGACCGCGACCGCGUCGGUUAUCCGUACACGCCGUUUGCGUAGCUGCCCGGACAGUUACCGCUCGCCGACCGGCGACACCGCGGUUACGGUAUCCGUUCCGUUCCCCGGUCUCGUCGGGAGACAUGAUGAAUUAUGUUCAACGCGAUAGGACUACGUCAUACGAUUAUUGUAUAGUAAUAUUUUGUACGAUGUCGAUAUCUUAAAAAUAAGUUAGAUUGAGUGUGUACGAUCAUACCACUCGCCAGUGGUCUCUCACGGUGUCGUACGAUACGUACGAUUUCGGAUGAAAGACGACAAACAAUAAUGACCCGCGACAGCCACGUAAUCGAAGAGCGAAAUCGAGAAACGAAUAAACGACGCGAAAAUCGUCAUCGAACGAUCGAAAACGAUCGUAGCCGGUUGCUCUGAUGUAUACCUAGCUGCAGCACAAAAAGAGGGGCCAUGUCUGCGUUGCACCGAAAACGUGUAAAACAAAAAUAAAUUGGAUUAGGAACAUUAAAAUAUUAUGAUGAUAUUGUAUUAAACAUAUAAACCAAAUAAUAUUGAAGAAAAAAAACGUAAUUAUGUACAUACAAAUGAUAGAAAACGCAACUCAAUUCCGUAUCGACAAUUUUGUUGUUGGUCCUUUGAGUUAUUUUUAUUAUUCUUUCUAAUUUUUUUAUAUUUUUUUUUUUUUAUGUUAUAAAUAUACACGUUAGCAUAAACGUAUUAAUCAAAAAUGUUAAAAUAAUAAUAAUAAUAGUUUUUCGACUUUGAAUAAUAUAUAACGAACGAUUCCGAAAUUAAAAUAAUUAUAUAUAAUAAUAUGUCUAUUAUAUAGUAUAUAUGUGUAUAAUUAUAAUUUUAAUUAUUAUUUUUAUUUAUUUAAAUAUUGUACAUUUUUGCUUUACACGUCAGUGCGAUCAUAUUAUUAUAUUCCUUCAAAUUUUGGUCUCGUUUUUCAAUUUUGUUAUUCAUUUUUUUUAUAUCUUUGAAUUUUUUUAAUACAAUUACCAUUGACAUUCGAAUAUUAAACAAUAAAUAAUACUAUUAAUGAUAUAAUAAAUUUAGUUACAUUAUUUUGUUUACUUAUAAUAAAUUAAACGUUUUAAACAUUAAUUUUGAAAUUGAUGUAUAUAACUAUAAUAUAUAGCUCGUAUUCAAAUGUUGUAUAUACAUUUUUACAUUAUUUUAUUAUAAUAUAAUUAGCUAAAAAUCUAUUGUUUUUAAAUAAAAACCUAAAACACAAAUUAAAAAAAAAAUAUUGGGAUUGUUUUAUUUUCUAUAAAUCAAUAGAUAUUUUAUAAUUACGUACAUACAAGUAUCUUUACUUCAUUUUUUUGGAGAAUACCAAUAGAUAUGCAUUUUAACCAAUAGACCACAUAGAUUGUUUCUUUGGAAAAUAAGUUUAAAAAUAUCGGUGAAAACUAGUUAUUGCUUCCUAAAAUAUAUGAAUUGCCUUAUCGUAAAUAAAAAGGUCAAUACACAUUACACAAUAGUUGCCUCCGACGACCAAGUAGUUCAUAAUUAUAUAUGAGUUGCUUUCCAAGAAUUUUUGUGCUAGAUGCCUACUGUAUAGAAUCAAGUAGUGGUUCAUAAACUUCACUAAAAAAUUGCACAUAAAUACUCGUAGAUGAAUUUAUAAAAAUAACAAAAUAUACUUAAUAUAAUAUAAUAAACAUUUUUUAUGUAAUGAUAAUCCAAUUUUUUUUAUUUUUUAUUGUUAUUAAAAAUGUCAAAAUUAGGUAUAAUAUACCACAUUUAUACAAAAAUUACACAACAAUAAAAAUAAUAAAUCAAUAAGUCAUAUAUCCAUAAGUCAAACAAAAUAAACGAGAAAAAGUGCUAAGAAUCAAUUAAUCGUUACUCGAUCACGUAAAUAAUUUACUAUAGACUGGCUCAGGUCUGAUUUGCACUAUACCUUAUCAUUACACAAAAAAUUAUAUUAUUUAAAUGUUUAGUCGUAUAGUAGAUAUAUUCAUAUCAAAUAUCAAAUAAAACAAAAAGGUGGUCAAGUGGGUAACGCUCUGCUGUACAGUAGGUAUUGAGUAAACCUCGAAUAUAGAGUAGCCAGUUGAUCACUAAAAUUGGUGUGUUAUAUUAUUUGAAUGCAAUGAUAGGUAUCAUUCUAUUCGAAAAACAAUUCUGAACGGAGAUGAUUUGUCUGCCUAGAAUAUAUAUUUUUCACUGGGUGGGGAAAAAGAUAAUUUAUAUUUUAAUGACCUCAAAAUUAAAUUAACUACAAAAAAAGGCAAUUAGAACAACUAUAGUGUAUGUUUCAAGUUUAGUCGUAGAUUUUUACUAUAAUAAUUUAAUUAAAAAUAAUCGUAAAGGACUAAUAUGUAUUAUGCGAUACAUACUCGUAUAAUUAAAAUUAAACCAUAUACUACAUAAAUAAAUACGCUAUUGUUUAAUAGCUUUAGAAACAAUUAACAGUAGUUCAAUACAAUUUUAAGAAUAAAACUGCAAAAACUUUUCCGUCUUCGCCAAUAAUCGAACGACAAAAUAUAAUUACCUGUUGAUAAAAAUCAAUCAAAUCGAUACAAAAGAAUAUGUUCGUUAUGCGUCUAACAAAAUAAUAACGCAAUACAAAUGUGAAAAAAGAGACGCUCAUCUAAUCUAGCUCUCUAGUAACACUGACUCCAAACAGCACAAGAAGAGAGGUGGAAUUAGCCCUUAGAGAACGUAUUUAGUCGAAACUUCCCUUUAUAUCGACGACGCCUAAACAGACAUACAAGUGGUUCGGAGUUUCUAUACACAUUUAAACACAAGUUUUUUGUUAUCGUAGCCACCGAUGAACUCACGAGAUAUUGGUUGAAUGUAAUAAUAUGACUAUUAUUAUCCUUGAUAAAAACAAUUUAUUAACUCGGGAACUUUUGAUUUAACUUAAAGUAUUCGGUAGAUUAUUAUUUCCGUAAAAGUAAGAAAUAAAAUUAUAAUCGUAUUAAAAUACAAAUCAUUGUAAAAUAAAUAUAUUCAUCACAGCGUUCAGAAUUUUAAUGAUAUAAAUUACGGCUUUAAAAUUACAAUGUUUGGAACCUAUGUUUGGAUCUAGCACUAAACCCUUUUCGUUUACGAUAAAAUUUAGGGUACGUUGGGAAGCAAUUCGUAUAAAAAUUAUUGACCUUUUGGACUAAACGAGUCAACUAGUGUGAGCUCAACAAUAUAUAUAGCAGAGGUCACCAAUUAAUACUUUAAAAAGGUCACAUUAAGAAUCUGGAAAUUUUUCGUGGGCCACAAAUAUUUUAUAUUAUUAACAUUGUAUUAUUUGAAAAGACUGCAUGAAAAUUGAAAAUGCCUUAACCCUGGAACCAAUUUUUAAAUACCCUUUAUAACAAACAGGACCAAUUCAGACGUUUCGGAACUAAUUAGGGUACACCGUUUAAAAAUUGUAAGUAAUAAUUAAUUUUUUUCCUUAUUAAUGAUCAGGAUAAAAUUUGUCCGCGAGCCGCCCUUUAGCGACCCUUGAUGUAUAGUGUAGGAUUAUACUAUAGAAGUAUUAUCAUACACAGCAUUUAGUGAAGGAAUGUAAGAGAAAUCCCCUCUAACACCAGAAAACAGGUGUAAGGAGUCAAAGGAAAACUAAAUGGCUCUGCAAAUUUAAAAAAUAGCGAAUGUUUCUAUUCCAAUGAAGUUUUGUUUUUUCAAAUUAAAUUCCUAUUUUUAAAAUAUAUCAUUUGUGUACUAAGGUCUAAGGAUAAUAUGUUUUCCAAACGCCACAGUAUCAUAAUAGUAUAUAAAUAUUAAUACUUAAUAGUACCUAUUUUGCGUAGUAAUAUAUAGGUUUAAAGUAACUUUUUAGAUGGAAUAGGAAAAUAAUUUAUAUUUCGAGGAUUUAAUUUAAAACAUUACAAUGGCUAACUCCAACAUAGAUGAUCUAUAUUCUAUACUAUAUUAAUGAGAUCUGUCUAUAAUUGAUUAUAAUCCUCUAUAUUUUUAUACGUUGUGAUCAAUAUGGUAACAAUGAUAAUUUUUUGUAUUUUUUACAUUACAUUGAAGGUUUAAUAUCAGAUGUACCUAUCAAUUGUGAACAUUGUCGUUUCGGACAAAAGAACUUGAUUUUUGUUUCCGUCAAAAUGAUAAAGGUUUGAUUUUCAUUUCCACUAAAUUUAUUUCUACCUACGUAUUUAAAAUAUAGUUUGGAAACUAUUUAGAGUUAUUCAGGAAUAGCUGAAACGUCAUUCACCGUAAAGUUCGUUAUAUUAUUUUGAAUUUUAUUAAAAAUUAUUUGUCGAGGUCUUUUAAAAAAUAUCAUUCACUGCUUUUCGCUUUGUCUAUUAUUAUUUGAACCGAUUUCAUUGAAUUUAUGUUUUACGGUUAGUGACGUCAUUUGGGGAGGCAAGGUGAGCAUUUCCCCCCAGUGGCGACGCUAGGCAUGGGCAGUGUGGGCCAUUGCCCACGGCCUUGCACCUCAAUUAACGCUUUAAAUAAAUACUUAUUGAAAUGUGUAAGCUAUAAGUUAUAUAAUACUGUCGCUAUACUGAUAAAUAAAUGUAUUUGUAUAGAUUGUUUAUUGUACGAAUGCAAUUGUAUACAUUUGAACAUUAUUCAUUAUUAUUAUUAUUAUAAACAAAAAAUGUUUAAUUUAUUUUUGAUUUUUUUUAUAUUUUUUAAAAUAAUCAAAACAAUGUAAAAAAUUAAUUAUUAUUAUCGGAAACUAACAUUUAUGGGCUUAAAAAUUGUGAACAAGAUUAUUCGUAUGUGUCAUCAUGCCGAAUAAAAUUAUCAAAUAUUUAUACCAACUAAAUAAAAACGAAUGAACACA